AUGUGGCGUGGAACAACAAGUGAAAUGGUUCAAUUAUUAAAAUCUAUUUUUCGUCUUGAUUCUGAUCAACAUGCUCGUCGAACUGUAGAAAAAAAUUUACGAAUUCUUGAUCCGUACUAUUAUCUAUUUGAAACACAUGUUUUAUUUGAUGAUGCAUUUGAAGAUGAUGAAAAUGGUAAUCGUAUACCAAGUCGUUAUGUUAAACAAUUAGUUGCUGCUGUUCAUGUUGCUGGAGCAUAUGUUCAUGGUGCUGAAAAAGUUUUUGAAGAUCCAAUUAAAAUUUCUACACUAUAUGGUGGAUAUCUUGUUUGGUUGUUACCAGGAAAAAAUCAAGCUGUUUUAUUUGUUUCAACAAUUUUAGGACCAGCAACUAUUUUAUUAACAAGUGCUUCUGCAUUACUUACAGCUUUUUCAACUUUAACUAUUGCAGAAUCCUAUACAAUAUCUGUUUUACCACCACUUCGUUAUAUUCUUGUAUUUUGUUCAACACAUAUUCAAGUUGAUGAAUAUUCACGUGAACGUACAGAAGAAACUGAUGAAGCUAUUUUGCAAUCAAUUCGGAAAACAGUUGCUGAAACUCAACAACAACAACAACAACUUCUUGCUGAUGCUAAAUCACGUACAGCUGUUCGUGUUCAAGACUGUAUUGCUAAACUUAGUGAAGAAAAAACAGUUUUAUUUGUUCCAAUUCGAAAAGAGCAUGGACAAGAACUCCUUGUUGAUGUUAAUUCACGUGCAACUAGUACUCAUUUAGAAAUAAUUAAUAAAAAUAUGAAUUUUAUACAUUUUUCUAUCGUAUUAAUAUUUAUUAUUAAUUGUUUUGCUGGUCCACUUGAGGACAUAGCUAAUAUGCCUGAUUUAACAUUAUUUUAUCAACAACUAAUACGCCACCAAGAUAUUCAAAUGUUACUACAAGGCGUGUAUCCUCAACAACAAUCAGGUGGUAUGAAUGAUUUUACAAUAUUUGCACCAAAUAAUGAUGCUAUGAUGCAUCUUAAUCGAAAAAAUGAAGAUCCAAAUUUACUUUGGAAAUAUCAUAUUGCACCUGGACGUUAUGAUGAACAAAUAUUAUAUAAUAUGGCACAAACAAAAUUUGAUCAAGCUAAUCCAAGACAAACGGUUGGUAUUCGAGCACAAAAUAAUUUACCAACUAUAGCCUUACCUUUUCAAGUUUUUUUUGGCCUUGGAUUUUAUGGCGGAACAGGUCCACAUGUCAAUGAGAGUUAUGACAAUGCAGGUUAUGGUUUAGGUGGUAUAUCUUGGUUAACACAUACAUCAUUGAAUCAAACAAAUCUAUUUGAAAAUAGUAUGCUACCUAGGCCACCAAUUGUGAAUAAUUAUAAUCAAAAACAAAAUUAUUUUGCUAGUCAAGGUAAUUCAUUACCAAAUAGUCCAAAUUUAUUUCCACAAAAUUUAACAAAUAAUUUUAAUCCUAUUUUUAAUCCUAAUGUUAAUACACAAUAUUUACAAAAUCCUUCUGUACCUUAUAUGAAUUAUAAUCCAUAUAUUCAACAACCAAAUUAUGGACAGAUGGGACCUAGUGGGAAUAUUGGAGUAUUACGUCCUACUAUUAACAAUGCUUUUAUAUUACAAUCACGUCGAAUGAGUCGUGGUAUAAUCCAUGUAAUUGAUAAUAUUUUAUGGCCACCUGAAAGACGUGAUCAAACACAAUAUAAAACAGCUUAUGAUGCACUUGAAGACAGACAAUUUUCACGUCUUCGACAAUUAGCUGAACGUAGUGAUUAUUUUCGAUCUGAAUUACGUUCAAUGCAUCAUCAAACAUGGUUUUUACCAAAUGAUCAAGCAUUUGCUAGUAUGGGUCCAAGUUUAAGUUUUCUAUUUGAACAAUUUUAUAUGAAUAAUACUAAUGAUAUAAAUGAAUUUAUCAAAUCACAUGUUACUCCAUUAGUAUUAUAUCCAAGGACAAUGGAUUCAACUAAACAAAUAACAACAUUAAGUGAAAAUAAAUGGUUUACAUUUCGUACAGUAUCACAACCAGAUCAUUCAUUUCAAGUUGAUGUUAUUUGUGGUCGACAUGUAGCACGUAUUUUAGUUCAUCGUCCGGAAGAUAUUCGAUUAUAUGGUAAUGGUAUUGUCUAUCCCAUAUCAACGAUUCUUAGUACACAAAUUCGAUCAGCUGCAGAUGAACUAUCACGAAGUUAUCAAUAUUUUAUAAAUCUUGUUCAGCAAUCAGGCGAUUUAGAAUUAAUGAAUUUAUUACAAGGUACACCAAAUAUGAAUAUAUAUAAUCCCCAAAAUGUAUUUAAUAUAACGGUACUUAUACCACAACAAAUGUCUAUUCAACAAUUCGGAAAUUUACGAGAACUUAGUAUGCAUUUACGUCGACAUAUUUUACAACUUCCAGUUUAUACAGAUGAAUCAAUAUCCCCACCAAUAGUGCCAAAUUCAUUUGCUCAACAAAAUACGUAUCAGACUGGGCUACAACAGCAAGAACAGACACUAAUACCUCAACAACAACAACAACCAUUCAUACCUCAACAAUCGUUAAUUCCUCAACAGCAACAACCAUUUAUUCCUCAACAACAGCAUCCAUUUAUUCCGGGUGGUUUUAAUCAACAACAACAACCACAAUUUCAAUUUCCACAAUUUCAACGAACUGGCUCUAGAUCAGACAAAAAAAAACCACGACGCCGUAGACAAAUAAACACUCCAUCAAAUACAAAUUUUCAAUCACAACAAUAUUCCCCAAAGCAAUAUCCUAAUCAACAACAACAACAAAAUCCAAACUAUUAUCCAAUGUUUUCGCAUCAACCUUCAACAAUAUUUCAAAAUGAUCAAAUUUAUCCAACAAUGGAUCCACAAUAUUCUAUUCAAGCACAAAUAUCUAGUGGUGCACAGGGAAAUAUUGUAACACUUGUUGGUCGAUCAAUGAAUUCUUUACCAUUUACAGCAACAAUUCUUAAUAGUGAAUCAAAUAUUCCAGUUAAAAAUGGUGUUAUGCAUGUUAUUCGAGGCAUUGUAUCUGGAAUGAUUAUUCCACUUGAAGGAAUUCUUACAUCAUUACAAGGAACAAGUUCAUUUGCACAAUUACUUCAACAAACACGUGUUUUUGAACAAUUAAAACAAACAAAUCGUCCUUAUACAUUAUUUAUUCCAACAAAUGCAGCAUUACAAUCUAUUGGUACGACAACAAAUAUAAAUCAAUUAAGACAUUUUGUUCUACGUCAUAUAUGUCCUGAUGUUCUUCUUGAUCCAACGAGUAAUAUAUUACGUCGUUCAGCUGGUUAUUAUAAUCGUGAUCAAAAUUUAAAAAACAAUCCAAAACAACAACAACAAAGUUCUCGUCAAAAACGACAAGAUUGGAUGAAUACACGACGAAAUUACUCGAAAUUUCUAAAUAGACAAGGUUUACAAUCAUCGAACCUUGGUCCAGGUUAUUUUCAACUGCAACAACAAGUUUAUGGAGGUUAUCCAGCUGCUCCAUCACCAUUUGGUUCUAACAAUCAAUUGUAUAAUCCAGGUUAUGUUAUGAAUGGUUAUGCACCACCAAAUUCAGAAUAUUUACCAGGUUAUAAUGGAACUUAUUCAAGUAAUCAAAAUGUUAAUUUUAACAAUUUGGGAGUUCCAAAUCAACCAACAUCGAAUACUGUUUGGAAUGGAACAAAAUAUGUUCCUGUUAAUCCACAAGUUAAUAUUGGACCAAAUAAUGAGGCACAAAAUUAUUAUCAAAAUGCAGGUGGUUAUGCUGGUGGAUCGACUUAUGUUAGUGGAUCACAGUCUUGUAUUGCAAUGACCGGUGAACGUAUUACUGUUCAGCCAUUAGCUGGUACUCAACCAGAACUCAAUAAUCCAAGUAUGUCAUAUCAAAAUUUUAUUGUAACAUGUUGUGGUGAUCAAUCAGUUAAUUCAAUGGUACAAUCAUAUAAUGUUUAUCAACCAAAUUUUGCUGUUUAUCUAAUCGGUCGUUCAUUACUUUCUCAAGGUCAAACAAUCAAUACAAUGUAUAAUUCUACAACAAAACUUGUUCCUUCUUAUAUCUUUCUCUUUAUUAUUUCAAUAAUUUUAAAACAAACACAUCAAUUUUAA